AUCAUCUUCUAACAAGAAAUAUAAACAAAUCGCAAAAUGGGCAAGAAAAGUAAAGCGAAUAAAUUGGCGAAAAUGUCGGAUGAGGAGCGAGCGCGUUACAUGCAAAUGCGCGCCGACAUCGAGGAGGAGGCGCGACGCCGCAAAGUGCAACUCAUAUCGCUUUUCAUGAAAAACAAGCUCAAGCGCGAGGAGGCCUUCAGUCGCCUGAAUAUGGCGAAAAUCAAUCAGGAAUGGCGCUCCAUCUUGCGUCAGGUGAAAGUGCAGGAGCUGCGCAAAGAUAUGGUGGAAUUGCAGAAAUUCUUUCAAGAGCGUCUAGAUCGUAAAGAUGGUGUCAUCAAGCGAUUACUCAAUGAUAUCGAUAUAGCUGAGGAUAUGUACUCGACGUUGCAGCAGUCGCAUAUGGAGAUUGUUAAUAAGAUGAUUGUCAUCCAACAACAGCGUAUGCAAUUCUUCAAAGACACCUAUGACCAUAAUAAAACAGCCGUACUUGAAGAAUACAGUCAAGAUUUCAACGAAUUUCAAGAGAAACGCCAAAAAGCUAUGGAAGAAUUGGAAUGUGUUAAAUACCAACUGAAAGAUGAAAGUGAAAAGUACGCAAUGGAAAGAGAGGAAAGACAUUUGCAGAAAUUGGAUGAUAUGAAGAGUGAGAUGCAACUCUACAUUGAAAAUAUCACCAAAAGCGGUGAGGAGAAACUCGAACGCCUCUGGCAGGAAUAUCAGGAUGUGCUCGCCGGUUAUAUGCGUCACACCGAGAGUUUCUACUCCGAGUAUAUGGAUCUGAAGGAACGUGAUCAGGAGAGCGCUAAUAUCAUACGUGAUCACUAUCAUCAAAUAGAACGCGCUAGCGAUCAGUUGGCGCAUCUUAAGCUGGUCUACGCCGACACAUUGGAAAACAAUGAGGGUAAGGUGGUGUAUUUCGUGAAGCUAAGAGAUGAUCUACAGCAGCGCCUCUCGGAGUCAAAAGCAAAUUUUGAGUCUGAAUUGAAAGCAGAUGAAGAGCGCUUCAAACUAAUGAGCGUUGUGAGUUACAAUGUGCUGAAGCAUUUGAAAGGCAUUGCAGCUGAGGGUGAAACGCUACUCCAACUGGCGCUCGUUUGUCGCAAAAAUGAGACCAAACGUGAGCAGUUGCUGCCUUUGGGCUUGCCGCCGCUCACCAAGCCGAUGUUCGAGGAGGAGGCGCAGGAGCAAGUUGAAGAAAUGAAGCCUUCGGAGCAGCCUUCCAAGUUAGAAGAAUACGCCUUCGCCAAUUGGAUGCUGAUGGAGAACUUCUGGCGUCGCGUCAACAACGCACGCGUCGAUGUGGUCUGCAUGAAGCAACAGAAGAAGAAGCUGGAAACCGAGAAUGCCGCACUCAAGGCGCAACUGCAGGAGCUACUGAUCAAUAUGAACUUAUGUAACGGUUCCAAUCUACAUGUCAACGACUAUCUCGCCAAGCGACCGAGCAGCAUGCGUGUGGAUCGUGUGCAGCAGCAGCAUCUCAUCAAAGAUCAACGACAGACGAAGUGUCACAGCGCCGCCGAAGCGCGUCGCGCGUCUACAACACCUAGUGGUGGGAAUAGCAAUGGCUUUCGCCGUCCCUUCACCGCCUGCAUUGAGGCGAACUUUACCAGCACCGUGCGUACGGCGCGUUUGCUGCGCGGCAAACCAAAGCUGGCGAAAAUCGAAUCGUUCGUGCGGUUUUAAUUAUUUAAUUAUAUUUCUUUUUAUUUCUCUCUCUCCCUCUCUUCCUCGCUCACCCUUGCCUGACAUCGCCAUUAAUUAUGGCCGCACAAGUGGAUAAUUAAUUUUGCUGCAGUUAAAUAAGUUAGCAUUUACGAGUAAUUUAUGGAAAAGUUUAAAAUGUCAUAAAUUAUUGUAUGACAGCGUGUACAACAACAAUAAAACAAAAAACCUCACUAAAAAAUAAUAAUAAUAAUAUUCAAUCAGAAAGUUGUUAUCCUUUUAUAUCGGCGCGAUGAUAUACAGCUGAAUUGAGAGCUGUCAUAAAUUUGGUGGCGAUGAUUUAUUGAAAUUGCGAAAAUUCUGCAUGCAACGAACGUGAGAAAUAUUGGAAAUGCAUAAGUGUGUGUGUGUGAGCGCCAAAAAUGGGCGAUAGGCGGCAUAGCUUUAGUAGUAUUGCCAUAUUUUUGGUUGUUAGUUCGCUGUAGCCUUUAUUAUUUCGAAUUAGAAUUCAAAAAUGUAUUUCAUAGUUGUUACAAGCGUUUGAAAGUGGAAAAGAGAGGGAUAGAGUGGACCUGAUGUGCCAUACCUAGUACCUUAUGUGACUGAAUGUCUGUCGAUAUAUCUGUACUCAUCAGCUAUGUACGUCUGGCAAGCCAUGACUAUGCACUGACAGUAUUAUCCUGUGACAGACUGCUGAAAUGUCGCUCAUACGCCGUGUCGCACAAAAUUUUAAAACAAAAACUGGCGACAACAAAUCAAUUUUAAUGCAACAACAUCAAUACAAAUAUGCAACAACCGGUUCAGAUUAGCAUAUAUAUACAUUUACAAUAUUUUUCGCUGCUUAAC